CUAUACACCAAUACCAGAGUCUCCCUCUUCCUGUCCAAUUCCUGUCUCUGCUCACCGAUUUCAGCUUCAGAGAUCGAACAAGACGAUCCAAACUCAAAAUCCACCAAUUUCGAUCAUAGAUCGCGAAACCCAGUUUUUUGACCGAGUACUAUUUCGAUUUGUUCUUCAACAGAUUUGUUUGGGGUUGUUUUGUUCGGUGAAAUCGACGAUCUCGAUCGAUUCAGUGAAUUCAUUCAUGGGUUUUGGCGUUUUUUCCAUUUUUUGAGAUGGGUCGAAGAGAUUUCUGGUUUUCGAGGUAGGGUUGCGGAGGAAGGUAUUGGUCAGGGGAGGGUUUGAAAGGUCUUGGGGUUGUAAAUUUUUUUUUUUUGGGAUGAUUUCUGUGGGGAGUAGGGAUGCAAGGAAGGGGUUAGGUCUAGGGUUUGAUUCUGGAGGAGAGAUGGAAGAGAAUGAACUUGAAGAAGGCGAGGCUUGCUCUUACCAGAACGAUGAUGAUUCAACCAUUGACCCUGAUGUUGCUCUCUCAUACCUUGAUGACAAACUUCAAGAUGUUUUGGGACAUUUUCAAAAAGAUUUUGAAGGUGGAGUUUCAGCUGAGAACUUGGGGGCAAAAUUUGGCGGUUAUGGUUCAUUUCUACCCACCUAUCAGCGCUCUCCUGUUUGGUCUCGUCCAAGAUCUCCAUCAAAAAAUCAUGACUACAGCACGCCUAAAUCCCCAAACAAUUUGCACCUGGAGGGUGGCCGUCAUAACUCUGUAGUUCCAUCUAGUGCAUCUCUGUCAGCGAGACAUGGGCCGUCUUCUACAAAUGCCGCAUUGCUCCCUUUGCUGAGGUCUUCCAAUAAUGAUUCAUCAAAAAGAGACAUAGGCAUGUCAUCAGCACAUUGUGCUGAGGAAUCCAAUUCAAGAUGUGAACUUGUGAAAAACUGUGCUCAGCCUUCUGACCAAAAAACACUGAAGGUUCGAAUCAAAGUGGGUUCUGAUAAUUUGUCGACGCAAAAAAAUGCUGAAAUCUAUAGUGGUCUUGGCCUUGAUAUCUCGCCCUCUUCCUCAUUGAAUGAAAGCCCCACCGACAGUGAAGGGUUUUCACACGAACCUUUGGAUGCCCCAGAAGAAUCCCCAACUAGUAUUCUUCAGAUUAUGACAUCAUUUCCAGUGCAUGGAAAUCUAUUGUUGUCCCCUCUUCCGGAUGAUCUGAUUUACAUGACUGAAAAGGAAAAGCUUAAAGGAGAAAUUAAACCUAGACGUGUGAUCAAGAGUAGCCAAGAAAGUUCAAAUGGAUUUGAUUCUGCUAGGGGCAAUGACAAAGUUUUAGGAGGCAAGAAACUUAAGCCAUUUGAGAGAAAUGCCUUUUCAGUGGAAUUGAAGAAUCACAUUGAUAAGGGCACUCAAAAUGGCAUUGGUGUUCCGUUGAAGAAAGAAACAGACAUUGACACUUUGGCUUGUGAAGAACUUGUUGCUAAUACUCUGAAGCUUCCACUUCUAUCUAAUUCAUAUUCUAAUGUUGCCAACCCUGACAAGGGUACUACGAGAGCGGCUAAUAACUCUAUGGUAGCUAAUAAGGUGAAGGAAGAAUCUUUCUCUGAUCUAGCUAAAGUGGAGACCCUGGAGGGAUUACCGAACCAAGAGAUUGGCUUGGUUGAGAAGCCUAAUGGAAAGGCGGUGUCCGAUGUUAAGGUUUGGGAAGAGAAGAAAGCGAAUUUUCGAAAUGACAUUUCAGCCUAUCCAAGGAAGGAUGGUAAUUUCAAAGUAGAAAAAGCUGAUGGUUUUGCCAAAGAUGACUCAAAUGUCUCUAAGGCGAGGAAAGCUCAAAGUGCUGAACCCAUUGAUCCUUUGGAGCAGAAGGCUAGUAAGAGAGCUACAUCUCAUGAUGAGGAUAACAAACAAUUGGUUACCGGGAAGGAGCAUUCAUCCUUGGGGGGCAAAAAGAAAUCUAAAGGAAGUCAAAGUGCAGAGGUUCCAAAAGACAGCUCAAGGAUGGAUUCUGCUUUGGGGCCCAAAAAUAGGAAGAGCACAUUUGCCAAUAAUUAUCUGUCUAAAGGUGAAGUGGAGGAUUCCAAAUUGCAGAAGGAUUAUGGAAAGGCAAGAAAUACAUACAGAGAUUUCUUCGGGGACAUAGAACUAGAACAGGGAGAUAAUGAUGUGGAUUCAGCAGAUAUGCUUUCGAUUGAUAGGCCGGAGGACUUUGAAGCAGUUGAGAAAAACACAUUUGCAUCUAAUAGCACAUCAAAAGAAAGGUUAAAUGGGAAGAAAAUGGACAAGCCAUCUAUAUCAGAGGCAUAUUCGAAAGCACCUUUGAGUGCAGCUCCAAUCAAUAGAAAUGGACUCAUUUCUGAUGCAGCUUCCGGAACAGCGGGCCCCCAUGACAAAGAAGAUUGGGUGUGCUGUGACAAGUGUCAGAAAUGGCGGCUUCUUCCACGUGGGACAAAUCCUGACAGCCUUCCUGAGAAGUGGCUUUGCAGCAUGCUUGACUGGCUGCCUGGAAUGAACCGGUGUAUUUUUAGUGAGGAGGAGACAACUGCAGCGCUAAUCGCAAGUUAUCAAUUUCCAGCUCUUGAGAGUCAAAAUAAUCAGCAUGGUUAUCCUGGUGGUGUUCUACCUCGACUGUCCAUGACUGAUGGUAGUCGUUUUGAUCAAAACCAGCCAAAUCUUGGUUUCCAAGCUGUGCCUAGUGGUGGAAAGAAGAAAAACGGAAUAAAAGAUGAAUCGGCUGCAAUGAACCAAGAUGGUCCUGCACAGUUUUCUAACUCUACGAAGAAGAAGCUUCCGGCAUCAGUGAGAAGUAGAAGCUUAAAUGGUGUGAACCACUCUCCUUCAGCAAAUGAAAUUGAAUCUCAGCAUUUAAGCAAGUCUCGUGUGGUGGAGAAACACAGACAUAAGCAGAAGGACAAGAAUAGACUACUCGAACACCAUUCUGAUGGAGGUGAAAUUAGGUCCUCCAAGAGCAAAAGCAAAAGGGACACUGAUCAAGAUUGUUUCAGAGUUUCUAAGAAAGCUAAGGUAGACGGUAUGCAUCGCACUGAUGAAGAUUGGAUGCCUAACCAUGAUAGACCUGUGGGGAAGGGGGGUCCUAGCUCAAGUAAUGGUUUGUCAGUAAAUGCAUCCGCGAGAGAUCGGCAAAAAUAUGAGGACCAUCCUUCUAAGGACAGAAAGUGGGAGGCAAAUAACAGCUCAAAAGGUCCUCUUAGUAAUCCAAAAGACCAAGUUCUGGUUACCUCAGAUGGUGGAUCCCCACAUAUGGAAAAAAUUGAUGAUAAAGAAGUUGCUAGGAAGAGGAAAAUGAAUGGAAGUCAGGAUACACAUGUUUAUACCACGUCCCUCCUUAGUAACAAUCAAGUUCAUGAUAGGAGGGAUUUUCUGGAAGAGACUAGUGAAAAUGAUCACAGGAGGGAAAAGAAGGCAAGAGUUUCCAAUUCUGAAGGGAAAGAAACCAGUGUCAGCAAAUCCUCUGGUGGAGCAGCCAAAAAAGGUGGAAGUACAAAGGACCAGCAACUGGGUCCAGAUAUAGGGAGUAAUCUGGUGGAUUUAGGGUCAGUACAACCUUCUCAGGCAGCCACAUCAAGCUCUUCAAAAGUUUCUGGUUCCCAUAAAAACCAAACUAGCCUGAAGGAAGUGAAAGGCUCACCAGUAGAGUCAGUUUCUUCUUCUCCUCUGAGGUUUUUAAAUCCAGAUAAGUCUGCAUCAACAAGAAGGAGCCUUGAGGGGAAAGAUGAUUCUGGAGAUGCUGGUUUAUUUGCCACAGGUACUCCAAGAAGAUGCUCAGAUGGUGAGGAUGACAGGGGGAGCAAUCGAUCCGGUACAGUCAGGAAGGAUGAAACUUUUGCUGCUCAUCGUGGGUCUCUUGAAUCCUCUGUGCUUGAUUUCCAGGAGAGGAAUAUGGUUCAUUUAGCUGGUAGUGAAGCAAAAAUACAGAUUGUACAUUCUCCUGAAAUCUCUAAUCGCCAUUUUGCUAAUGGCGGUACUGACACCCUUGGCAAUGGUACUCAAUACCCUUGCAAACCACAGACUUCGGAUCAAUGCCAUAAUGAGGAAAGAGGGAAUGACAAGCAGUAUCAUGCUAAUGUGUCUCGUCCAAGGAAGUCCGGGAAGGGAUCCUCAUCACGGUCGAAAGAAAAUAAUGGGGCUUCUCAAUCUGAUCCUGAUAAGGGUAAGGUCAAGAUUUCUGAUCCUUGCCAUGAAUAUACAGAUCAUACACCUUAUGAAGAAAAAUCAAGGGCUGGAAAAAACAGGGUUCAGGAGAAAUCUCGGGUUGGUUCAGAUAGAGUUGAAAAGAAUUUCGUUGGUGAGAAAGUAUCUGCAGGUAAAGUUGCAGCUGAGAAUAGUAAAAGAGAGAGUCGAUCAAAAUUUGGAGGGGAUGAUGGGUUGGAUGUUAAAGUAGAUGCUCUUUCCAGCCAGGAUCAGAAGCAGAAUCUGCGGCUUGACCGUGAUGAAAGAUCUUCAAAGAAGUAUCUUUCCAACAAAACAGAUAGGAUAGAAGUCUCUGGGAGAGGGAAGUCACACUCAUUGCCACCGUCUGGAAGAGGUCAAAAUGAGACAGUAACACAUUCUGUCCAUUUAGUUCCUGGAUCCCAGAAAGAGAAUGGAGCAAAUAGUUUGUUAAUUGAUGCUUCCAAAGCUGAUGAUGCUUUAAAGGCUCCAAAGAACAUAAAAAAGUCAGAGAACCAGAAUGGAAAUCAACCCAUUAAAUCAAGACAUCCCACAACCAAUGGCCAUAGGGUCAGGGAUGUGGAUGCCCCAAGUCCUGUCAGAAGAGAAUCCUCCAGUCAGGCUGCCACGAAUGCCGUAAAAGAGGCGAAGGAUCUUAAGCAUCUGGCUGAUCGCCUUAAGAAUUCUGGAUCAAAUUCUGAAAGUACAGGUCUUUACUUCCAGGCAGCCCUCAAGUUUCUACAUGGAGCCUCUUUAUUAGAAUCUUCCAACAGCGAGAGUGCCAAGCAAAGCGAGAUGAUCCAGUCAAUGCAAAUGUAUAGUAGCACUGCGAAACUCUGCGAGUUUUGUGCCCACGAAUAUGAGAAAUCUAAGGACAUGGCUGCUGCUGCUCUGGCCUACAAAUGUACGGAGGUGGCGUACAUGAGGGUAAUUUAUUCCUCACAUAACAGUGCAAGCAGAGAUCGACAUGAAUUGCAGGCGACUUUGCAAAUAGUACAGCCUGGUGAAUCUCCUUCCUCCUCUGCUUCCGAUGUUGAUAACUUAAACAACCCAACAGCAGUAGACAAGGUUCCCUUAUCUAAAGGUGUUAGCUCUCCUCAAGUUGCCGGAAACCAUGUUACUGCCACACGAAAUCGCCCCAGCUUUGUGCGGCUGCUCAACUUUGCCCAGGAUGUAAAUUACGCAAUGGAAGCUUCAAGAAAAUCCCGAAGUGCUUUUGCAGCUGCAAAUCCAAGAAUGGAAGAGGCUCAGCAUAGGGAGGGUUUAACUUCUGUUAAAAGGGCUCUGGAUUUCAAUUUCCAAGAUGUUGAGGGAUUAUUACGGCUGGUACGACUAGCGAUGGAAGCUAUUAGCCGUUAAAAUCUUUUUCAUAGUUUAGAUUAUGCCGAUCCCAGGAACAUAUUUUGUUUCUUUGGUUUUUUUCCCUCCAAUGUUCAAUCUGGAAGGGAAGAAAGGAAAUUGGAUGGCCUGGAUCUUUCUGCUGCAUACCAAUCAAAAUUUCAUAUUUGAACAGCAAUGCUUCAGCUACUUUCUCAUGCAAAUAAGGGCACGGUAGUGAUGUUAUUGAUUGAGGCUUCAGACAGAGACUCACAGGAAUACAAAUGCCACAUACUACACGGGUGAUCAGAACUACAGCUACAGCUGAAGAAAUAAUAUUUGUAAAAAACAAUAGUGGAAAUCUAAUGCCAUGAUUUGUUUAUCUUUCUAGAUUUUUUUCCUUUCACGAGGCAGUUGUUGAUUUGUUAUUUUAAUGUUCAUAUGGGGAAAUCUAAUGAAUGGAUACCAAAAAUGACCCCACUGUGAUGUACCUUGUUCAAGCAAAUUCUAAGGAGAGUUGAAGAGAUGGCAAUCUCAGUUUUUUCAGUUUUCUGCUUUUGCAAUUUGGGACGGUUUGCUCAAAAUAGAAAGAAGUAGGCAGCAGUUAGGAAGAGAAUAUGUAUAGUGCAAAAUUGAAAUAAUAGUGUGCAUAUAGUUCCGGUUAGCGGUUUCCCUGAUUUAUUUUUUAAAAGUGAUCUUUGUUUAUAUACAAAUUGUUCCAGUGCUUCAUGCUACCUUCUUGUUGAUCUAACAGGUGUAAACAAAUGGAGUAACCGUGGCAUCAGCAUCAGCUUUUGAGUUAGAAUAAUUAGAGCAAUCUUGAGUUAUUUGCUUCAAUUUUCUUGGUCUCAGUGGGUGUUUAUUUUCAUCAGCUCUUUUCAGGAAAUUUUGUAAUUUAUAAUUUGUACAGUAGGGUAAAUAAACACAUAAUCCCUGUACAUGUAAUUUGUGCUUACACGCUUUAACAUGUUCAACAAUAGAACCAUUUGUUUCGGUUAAGCAAUAAAAUUUUACGUCUCCAGGUUGCUUA